GGUUACCUUCCUUCCAAAAUGUCACUGUUCCUCCAUCUGUUUCUCUUGGUACUUGGGCUUCACGCUCCAAUCUAUUGUGUGACACCUAACAGUUCUGAAGGCAAAGUAACCACCUGCCAUUUGACCCACCAAAAUGCCACUCUCUAUAAGCUGUCAUCCAUCAAUGCUGACUUUGCAUUUAAUCUGUACCGGAGGUUGACUAUGGAGACUCCAGAUCAGAACAUCUUCUUUUCCCCCGUGAGCAUUUCUGCAGCUUUGGACAUGCUUUCCUUUGGGGCCUGCUGCAGUACCCAAACUCAGAUCCUGGAGGUCUUGGGGUUCAAUCUCACAGACACUGCAAUAGCAGAGAUCCAGCAGGGCUUCCAGCAUCUGAUCUGUUCACUGAAUUUUCCAAAGAAGGAAUUGGAAUUGCAGAUGGAAAGUGCCCUCUUCAUUGGGAAGCACCUGAAACCACUUGCAAAAUUCUUGAAUGAUGUCAAGACUCUCUAUGAGACUGAAGUCUUUUCUACUGACUUCUCCGAUGUUUAUGCAGCUCAGCAGGAGAUCAACAGUCAUGUGGAGAAGCAAACCAAAGGGAAAGUUGUGGGCCUUAUCCAAGACCUCCAACCAAACACCAUCAUGGUCCUGGUGAACUACAUUCACUUUAAAGCCCAAUGGGCAAAUCCUUUUGAUCCAUCUAAGACAGAAGACAGUUCCAGCUUCUUAGUGGACAAGACUACCACAGUGCAAGUACCCAUGAUGCACCAGAUAGAACAAUACUAUCACCUGGUGGAUAUGGAACUGAACUGCACAGUGCUGCAAAUGGACUACAGCAGGAAUGCUCUGGCACUCUUUGUCCUUCCCAAAGAGGGACAGAUGGAGUGGGUGGAAGCAGCCAUGUCAUCUAAAACACUGAAGAAAUGGAACCGCUUACUGCAAAAAGGGUGGGUUGACUUGUUUGUUCCAAAGUUUUCCAUUUCUGCUACUUAUGACCUUGGAGCCAUGCUUCUGAAGAUGGGCAUCCAGGAUGCCUUUGCUGAAAAUGCUGAUUUUCCUGGACUCACAAAGGACAAUGGUCUAAAACUUUCCAAUGUUGCCCACAAUGCUGUACUGCACAUUGGUGAAAAGGGAACCGAAGCUGUAGCUGUCCCUGAAGUCAGAUUCCUGGAUCAGCCUGAAAUAACUCUCCUUCACCCUAUUAUCCAAUUUGAUAGAUCCUUCAUGCUGUUGAUUUUGGAGAAAAGUACCAGAAGCAUUCUCUUUUUAGGGAAAGUCGUGAACCCAGUGGGAGUGUAG